AUGGCGCUCAACGCGAGAGAUCGCAGGGCCUACAGGACCGACGAUAAAUACCAAAACGGUGUCAUCAGCGAGGAGAACCGUAGGAAAAUCAUCGACAACUACCUGCCGACACCCGAGGAAGACACGAGACAGCAAUGGCGAGAGGGAGAUGUUCCUCGUCCCGGCCGGUUUGGCCUGCGACGCGCACUUCGUCAGAAGCUUCACCUGUUCAUUUACACCGUCAUCCACGCCAUAUUCUCUCUGUACAUUAGGAUACGACAGGCAUGGCACCUGGUGUGCUAUCAUGUCUCCUCCGUCAUGUUCUACCACCACCGGACACCAGAGUACAUUGAGCGCGACGUCGUGGGGCUGAAGAAGAAGCCCAAGCACCUUAGCGUGAUUCUGAAGAUGGAAGAGGGCGGCAGACAUGGAGCUGAGCUGGAGAGACUGGUUGGCGAGGCGGCUGAGAUUGCUGUCUGGUGCGUUUGCGCCAAAAUCUCCGUCUUGACAGUGUACGAGCGGACAGGCCUACUCAAGCGCUACCUGCCUCACGUCCAGCAGGCCAUCAUCCAAAAGUCUCGCGCCUACUUUGGCCGACACCAGCCCUCUCUCACCGUAGCCAUGCCUCACGCCGACGAAAUCCUCAAGUCCCCGGCCCACGGUGACUUCGCCAGCGUCGACCCGCGCCACCUCAAGGUCCUCUUCAUCUCCGCCGAGGACGGCCGCGAGUCCAUGGUCGACCUCACGCGCACUCUCGCCGAGAUGUCCCAGAGGGGCAAGAUCCACCCCCGCGAUAUCAGCAUCGACCUCAUCGACGCCGAGCUGUCCGAGGGCAUCAUGCCCGAGCCUGACCUGCUCAUCCACUUCGGUCCCUAUGUCGACCUCGACGGUUAUCCUCCCUGGCCCAUCCGCCUCACCGAGAUUUUCUGCCUGCCCGACAACCAGGGCGUCGGUUACCAGGUCUUCUUGAGGGCGCUCCGCAACUUCGCAAGCGCACAGUUUCGCAAAGGCAAAUAA